GUUUUGUAAACAAUAUGGAGGACAACAUUCCAAAAAAUCAUUUGAGCUCAAUGGAUAGUAAAAAUAGGGCGUUUUUGAAACGACGGAAUUCAGACUCAUCCUGUUGAAUAUACAGUUAACGGAUAGGACAUAUUACUGGAGAUCUUUGAUUUUUGAUUAAAAGACAAAAUGGCUGAGAUAUUAGGCAAUGAACUGAUUAUUGAGAGUUUGCGGAAUGACAUCAAAGAUUUACAGUGGGCAAUCAGUGACAUUGUCUCUAGAGUGGGACCUGUUGAGCAACCAUCUUGGAAAUUCCCUGACAAGAAUUCUAGUGACAUUGACAUUAACUAUUUGUUAGAGUUGUAUGAUUUUGAUGAUGAAGAUUCGGAGGGAAGUCAAGUGGCACAUAUUGCUCUGUAUGAGCUUGUUAUUGAUAGAUUUAUUUACUUAGUUCAAACUUUGUCAUCUUUUACAAAGACAAUGUUAAAUAGAGCAGGAGAGGAGAUAACUGAUUCCAGUAGUUCAUCAGUUGGACUGGCUGUCAAGCAGUACUGUAAUAAACAAGUCCAGUUACAAACUGUGGUUCAACAGACUAUGUCAGAUAUAAAGACGAAAAAUAGAAAAUUGUCAGAUUUGGAAGCUAAUAUGAAGAAAUUAACAGAGGACUUUUCUACCCAAAGUAUGACCAGUGCAUCAUCUCAUACCUCACUGAUAAGUGAAGGGACAGUACCCAGUAAGUUUGGUAACGUAACAACUGGAUAUCUUAGUCCAAUCAAAAUGGAGGAAAUAGCUAGAGAAGCUUGUAGUAAAAAUACACAGACUGUUGAAACUGCAUUUGUGCCGUGUGAAGCUUGCCAUGUUGUACAAAAGUCAUUUAAAAAUGCAGGAGAUAUUUUGAUAAAUAUGUGUCAAGCUCAAAAACUGCCAUCGUCUUUACAGAAGUACCGUCCCUUGGUAGCCGAUGUUAAAUGGUUAUCUGCAAAUGAUGUGAUACGAUGGGCAUCUGAGCAGAACAAAGAUCUGGCUAAAUUGACUAAACACAUGGACAGUCUGAUGGCUACCAUCAACCCACUAAAGGAGGAAAUUGAACAGCUGGAAAAGAAAUGUAAACAUUUACAGAAAAGAGUGUCUGAGUUUGAUAGUGAUAUGAGAAAAGAGAAAGAAGUGCAAUAUGCUUUACAAAAACAGUUCGAUAUAAAAAUAAAAGAUUUGGAACAGAGUCAUAAUGAAACUGUUUCCAUAGUUACUAGACAGAAAAAUGAAAUUUUACAAGAUAAACAAAGCUUGGAAACUGAAGUGAGCAAAUUGAAAACACAUCUAGAACAACAGCAGAAACUUCUUAUAGAAAUAGAAAAUACAAAAUCAACACUUGAGAAAGACCUUAAUGAAAACAAAGCGAAUGCGAUAUCAACUCUACAGGGUGAGAUAAACCAACUACAAAGUAAACUGUCUGAUGUGACACAGAGACUGGAUGUGUCAUCUAAAGAACUUAAUAAGGAACAAGCUAAAAGUAGGAGUGCAUCUAAGCACAGUCAGAGUGUGCAGAACAAACAAGGUUCUCUUCUUCAGAGAGUGGAUGCAUUAGACAGGGAAAAUGAAGAAUUAAAAGAUCAGGUGGCCACAUUAGAGGAGGAGAAAGAAGAGAUUGAAGAAUCCUUGAAAUCUGCCAAGAGUCAAGUUGACAAGCUUCAAAGAAAUGUUACUGAAAAAGAGGAUAUGAUAGAAACUGUAACAAGAGAAAAAACAGAGUUAGAGGAGUCUAUUACAAGCUUACAGCAGAAUAUUAAUAUGUUAGAGACAAGGAUACAAGAGUCUGCUGAUAGGGAGAGAUUGAUGAUUGAAUACCCAGACUUAAAUGGACCUGUGAAUCCUGAUCUCAAUGGUACAGGUGACAUUGCUUUGGACAUGGAAAAUCAAGUGAAGGCUAAUGCUAUUAGGAUACAAGUACUAGAAGAACAAAAUGAAGGAUUAAGAAAUUCAAUCACAAAAGUUAUGUCGUUACAACGGGGUAACUUACCAAAGGGACAGAAAAAGAUGACAGCUCCCCAUCAAUUGUGGUCUACAGAUAAUCUGGACAGAGUAAAAGACAACCACAGAACAGAGGAGGAUCAUGUUUGGCAGCCAGAAAGUUCAGUUUAUGAAUCAGAAAAGACAAGGCCUUCAUCAGGCUAUCAAAAUAAUUCUGAGAAGAUCACAAACAGAGCUAAAUAUAUUGCAACUGUCAAAACACAAAGAGAUAUAAACACUCCAGGGGAUGAAUUUGUUGUUGGAAAAGGUAGACCUCCUAGUGCAUCAAAGAGAAAGGAUGCUACUGGUUCCCGUCCUAACAGUGGGAAAACUAUAAAUACUCCAGUAAAUACCAGUAGUAUUAGUGCUUAUUUACAGCUAAAGAAAGCAGGGAAACUGAAUAUGACAGAUUCUCCUCCUAAAGAUAAAUCAUUUCCAACAAGACCAGUUUCUGGUAAACCCCACAGAUCUCCUCCUGUACAUAAUGAUGAUGGUGAGGAUUACACAAGGAAAACUAGUUACACUUGCCAGAAUUGUGAUAAAAUGUACUCUAAACCCAAAGAUUUAGAUAUACAUAUGUCAUACUGCACAGGGUGAACGUUACUUCUACUUCAAGUUCUAAACUAUCUCAACUGUGAGAAAAUGUAUCUGUAAUGAUUUUAAAUCUAAAAAUACAUAUUAUUUAUUGUUCAUUGCAGGAUGUUCUUUUGAUAUACUUGUGAUAAGUGUCUGGAUGUAAUCUUAUACUUAAGAUACGAAAAUAACUGUCACGCUAUACAGAUGGAGUAUGCUUGUACAUCAGCUUUAAUACUUAUUAGAACUGUCAAAAAUACAUUUCUGAAGUGAAAGUUCUUUUUAUGCUUACCAGAAGUGAAUGAACUCUUAUAGCUAAUCAUACUAUCCCAAUUGAAUAGUGCUUGAGAUAAUUGUCAUCAGAAUUACGAUAAAGUGCUUUAUUAGAGCUAGGGAUAUAGUACAAGUAAUUCAAAUGCUUUAAAAUUACAAUCCAUUCCAGUUUUGUCUAUUCAAUCCUUGCCAUAAAUACUAUAUACUAGAAAGAAAUUAUUUUAUCUAAACUACUUAUAAAAACUCUCAUUUUUUGUACUUGUGUGCUUUUUUAUGCCCCAGCCUUAGGCGACGAGGGCAUUAAAGUGUUACCCUUGACCUUCCUUUUUUCCGUCCUUCUGUCUUUCUAUCCGUCCUAUUUUCAUUUGUUCGAAGCUUGAGUGAGGCCAUUCGUGUCUUUAGACACAAUCUUCUUUUAUUUUACAAUCUAUUGAAUAUUUUGUAAUUAGAAAUAAAUCAGGUAGAACACAUAUUUGGAUUACAAGAGGUAACACAGUUAUUCUCCUCAAAUAUAACUUGUUUGAGGUAACACAGUUAUUCUCCUCAAAUAUAACUUGUUUUUGUGAUUUAUCCAACAGUAAUGCAUAGGACUCUAUGCUCUAGAUACAUUGAAAUGAGAAACCAUACAGUCUGUACAAUUUAUUAAUUCAAGUAAAGAACAUCAUGGACAGAUUGAUCCUAGAAACAUAGAAAUAGGAUUGUAAAUCAAUCAUUUGCUGUCAAUGUUUAGCCUAUUUCACAUGUUAGAACCUGUUACUUUUUUAUCGUUAUACGCUAUUAUACAGAUCUAUAAUAAAUAAUAAAACACAA